AUGUAUGACAAUUCACUGGAUCUUACAGAAGGUUGCUCAUGUUGCACCGCUCCAAUAGCUCGGAGAAGAUCUGGACCAAAACUAUCAAUGGCAAAAGACCUGGAGGCUGUGAGAUUAGCGAAAGCUAUCGCCACUCACAAACCAAUCUCAGUCAGAAGUAUAACAUCAAUGCUACAUGGCCAGCAUUUUCUCGUUUUAUUCCUGACAUAUGUAUCUGCACAAAAUGAUCCCAAGGUGUUCGAAACCAUGCUCCAUAGCUUUCUUAAGAUGACAUCGAAUUAUCGUUUGACCCCAGUCUCGCGAUCUAAUUAUGCAUCGAGGCCUAUUGAUUACAAAAUUGUUGAUCGCACAGAAUAUGCCGUCAAUCGCAGGAUUUUGUCAAAGGUCUUCGAGAGUGACCUCGUAUUGACGAAGCCGCAAAUGGACGAGGUUAUUGAGACAUUCCAAGCACGAAUUAGCGGUCGAAAACCAAGAGUUAGAAGGAAUGCUGCCAUAAAGGGAGAAAAUUUUAGAUGGCCAAAUGCGACAGUUCCAUAUGAGUUCAAGGACAAUAACACUGAAUGGCAAGGUAUAAUCCGCAAAGGAAUGUACAAAUGGCAAAAAGAGACCUGCAUUCGUUUCGUGAGAAGAAGCUCUGAAAAAGACUAUGCGAUUUUCUUCAAAGGAGGAGGUUGUUACUCUAACGUUGGAAGGACUGGUGGACGUCAGUACGUUUCGAUCGGUUGGGGCUGCGAAGGGGGAGGUAUCGUAGCGCACGAGAUUGGACAUGCCCUUGGUUUCUGGCACGAGCAAAGUCGCCCGGACAGAGACGUUUAUAUAAAUAUCAAUGAGGAAAAUAUUAGCAGAGGGACCAAGGGCAAUUUCGAAAAGCGCGACGACAUUAUGGACUCAGACAUACCAUAUGAUUUUGGUUCCGUAAUGCACUAUGGCCCGCAAGCCUUCACGAAUAAUUGGAAAUUUGUUACUAUCGAGACGAAGGACCACCGAUUCCAGCACACGAUCGGGCAACGCGCUGAUAUAUCCUUUAUCGACGUAAAGCAUGCGAAUCGCUUGUAUUGCUCACACAUCUGCAAAACAAAUCUGAUGUGCGAGAAUGGCGGAUACGAAGAUCCUAGAAACUGCAUGCACUGCAAAUGCCCACCUGGUUUGGGCGGAUUGCGCUGUGAACGAAUCGCUGAUUCAACGCCUGGUUGCGGUGGCGAAAUGUUCGCAACAGCGGUCUGGCAGACUCUGAGAAAUUCCGUAGUCGGAGCUUGUCAUUGGAGGCUGUAUGCGCCGUCCGGCCGUAUCCAUGUAGAGGUCAUUGAAACUAAUUUUGUUUGUGAUUCGUCGUGUGCAGAUGAAUACUUAGAAAUAAAACAUACGAAAAAUAUGGAGCAGACAGGGUUUAGGCAAUGUUGUAAUCCGACCCCAGGAAGAAUUUUGUCAGAAGGGAACCAAGUCAUCGUUUCGAGUAUCUCUCAUCGGGUUCCGUCGAACUUCACACUGAGAUUUAUCAUAGAUUCUGACUCUAUUCCCACACCUCCACCGGCAGCUUGGGAGGGUAAUGGUGGCUUAACUGGGCUCCUGGCUGCUAACGAAGCAGGAAUUGACAACACUUUUGAGACACUCAUACUCAAGGACUUUCCUAGGGCAAUAGGGCGAAACCGUGGAGAAGCAAACAUCGCCUCGUUGUUUGGAAUUCUAGAUUCGUUUCUCAAGCAUGGUUAA